GCACAGUUUGUGUCCCCUGAAUGAGAUCUGAUGGUGUGAGUGAGAGACUCAGAGAGCUGCCACAAUGACUACCAAAAGCAUCGCCCUAUUCGGGGCCACCGGCAUGACUGGCACAGUGACCCUGGCACGGGCUCUGGAUGCAGGGCUCAAUGUGACGGUGCUGGUGAGGGACCCAUCGCGGCUCCCUCCUGACCCAAAGCCAUCCAAGAUCAUUGUGGGCGACGUGCUGAAUAAAGCGGACGUGGCGAAGGCCGUGAAGGGGCAGGAUGCGGUGAUCAUCGUUCUGGGGACAAGGAGUGACCUUGGUCCCACGACUAUGAUGUCAGAAGGAACCAGGAACAUUGUGGAGGCGAUGAAGGAGAACAAGAUUCGCAAAGUUGUGGGGUGCAUGUCAUCUUUCCUUCUGUGGGACAUCGCCAAAGUCCCUCCUCGCCUGCUGCCGGUCACAGAGGACCACAUCCGAAUGCAUCAGGUUUUGAAGGACUCAGGCUUGGACUUCGUAGCUGUUCUUCCUCCGCACAUUGCGAAGGACAAGCCAUUCACCGGUGAUUAUACAGUGACCGCGGAAGGACGUGGCGGCAAUGUGAUCUCCACACAGGACCUCAGUCACUUCUUCCUCCAUUGUUUGUCGGCCGACGAAUAUGAUGGCAAAAGUGUGACCUUGUCUCGGGAUUACUCUAACCUGUAACUUGCCGUAUCACGCCGCGUUUGAGGCAAUAACAGUAGUGUUUGGGAGCUUGUCCCAUAAGCUUACAAUCUCGGAAUCUCCAUUAAAAUGUUCAUUUAAAAUAAGUAGAGCAGGUUCAAUCUUGGAUUAAAAUGUAUUUUUUAAUAUAUAAAAUGUCAACUAUUUUAAAAUAAGUGAUAACAAUCUGGUUUAAUGACUUCUUUAAAACUGCCUUUACGUGACGUAUCUGCUGUAGGAUCCUGUAGAUAAGCGCCAACACUUUUAUAUUUUAAACCCCAAAUAAUUCUCAGUUCCGCUGUUAAUGAGGGGCAUGAUAUUAAUAGUGGAAUUUAUAAAACACAAUCUGAAAU